UCACUACAUUACAAACAGAAACAUGUUAUCUGUUUUGAUAAUGAUAAGACGAUCACCCAAGUGUUGGAAAUUGUUAAACGACAGACAGAAUCGAAAUUGUUGAGAAAAAUCGGUUUCAUUUCAAAUGGAAAUGCGUUUCGACUACAUAAACUAACACGUCCUUCAGUGGCAAACCAUUUACCAUUCGUGUUCCGAUCGUUAAGUAAUGUUACUCGUGUGUUUCAUGGUUCGUGUUUUAGUUUUAUCUGCACGGUAAAAGGGUAAAUCCAUAAAUCAAAUUUUAUCUAUAAUAACGUACGACGAAAGCAAAUUUGUUUUUUGAAAAUGGUGUGUAAUUUUUUCUGCUCGGAUUCGAAAGCUACGAAGAAAUUUGCGAGCUUUCGAAAUGAUAGUGAAGAAUCAUUGUUAGCCAUGCAAACUUCCAACACUCGCAAAUUAGCAAAAUUAUGCUUUAUUCUUAUCGUAGUAUUCGUAUUCGCCGGUACUGUCAUAUAUUGUGUUUCGGGAUCAUUCGGGUCUAAAAACACCCAUUUAACGAGUGAAAAAUAUACGUUUGAAAACGAUGUCCAGACGCCGAUCAAUCGCUUCGCAAGUAGCGCACCUUCCUGUCAAAAUAUAUCCGAUUCGCAAAAAUUCGAUUGUUUUCCUCGCGGAAAACCCGACGAGGAACAAUGUAUCGCAAGAGGAUGCUGCUGGAGCCCUGCAUCUCAGAGUAGUAAAUCUCCUUGGUGUCAUUAUCCGACGGCAUAUAAUACUUAUAAAGUAGUUCGCAAGGAUCAGUAUAAACGGGGUGUGAAGUUGAUUUUAAAUAUAACCCGCAAUUCAACGUAUCCUAAUAACGUGCAGAUGUUGUUGGUCAAGAUCGAGUAUGAUACAAAGGAUAGAUUACACGUUAAGAUUCUAGAUGCAAACAAGACUCGUUGGGAACCGCCGUAUCCAGAAGUACCUCUUUUUAACAGCACCCCUGAUGAUACAGAUUACGAAUUGAUUAUAAACGAUGAUCCGUUUGGAUUUGCUGUUAUUAGGAAAGAGACGGGAACCGUGAUCUUCGACACGCGAAACGUAGGAGGAUUUAUUUACUCGGAUCAGUUUCUACAAAUGUCUGCGUUAAUGCCGUCUAAAUACAUCUACGGAUUAGGAGAACGAAGAAAUAAUCUAUUAUUGGAUACCGAUUGGCAAGAAAUUACUUUGUUUAAUCACGAUGUUGCUCCGAAAGAUAAUACCAACUUAUACGGAACUCAUCCGUUCUACCUGAGCAUGGAAAAAUCUGGAGCCAGUCACGGAGUAUUUCUGUUGAACAGCAACGCUAUGGAUAUUAUUCUACAACCUGCUCCUGCUAUAACAUACAGGACUAUAGGAGGCGUUCUUGAUUUUUAUUUUUUCUUGGGACCUUCUCCGAGGGAUGUUGUUUCGCAGUACUACGAAGUAAUCGGAACGCCAUUUUUGCCACCUUAUUGGUCUUUAGGAUUUCACUUGUGCAGGUUUGGAUUGAAAUCACUCAACGAAACUAUCGCAUUUUGGCGCCGAAAUUACGAAGCUGGAAUUCCGUUUGAUGUGCAAUGGAACGACAUCGACUACAUGAAUAAACGAAACGAUUUUACAGUGAGUCCUGCCUUUAAUGGACUGUCUUCAUUUGUCGAUCUUCUUCACAAGCUGAAUAUGAGAUAUGUGGUAAUCUUAGAUCCCGGCGUCGCUUCCAGAGAACCUCGUGGCUCGUAUCCUCCAUACGACGAAGGCGUAAAAGCCAAUAUAUUUAUCAAGAAUGCUUCAAAUUUACCUCUCGAAGGAACGGUAUGGAAUUUGGACGGUGGCACCGUAUUUCCAGAUUUCUCAAAUCCCAGCACUAUACCUUAUUGGAUGCAGAUGUUGUCUGGCUUAUAUGCACAAUUCAAAUACGAUGGAAUUUGGCUGGAUAUGAACGAGAUAUCUAAUUUUGUGCAAGGAUCUUUAACUGGCUGUAAUGGUGACCAGGCUGACUUCAGUUUAAAUAAUCCGCCUUAUUUGCCUGGUGUAGACGGUGGUAAUUUGAAUUAUAAAACUGUAUGUAUGUCUGGUAUACAAUACGUCGGAUCGCAUUACGAUGCUCACAAUAUAUACGGAUACGCUGAGAGUAUGGCUACGAGUUUCUGUCUGGCCACGAUUAGAAUGAAACGUCCAUUCGUUCUAUCCAGAUCCACGUUUUCGGGCAGUGGACAUUUUACGUCUCAUUGGACCGGUGAUGUAUAUUCAACCUGGGACGAUAUGAAACAUUCGGUCGGAGAUAUAAUUUCGUUCAAUAUGUUUGGUAUUCCUAUGGUCGGAGCCGAUAUAUGUGGUUUUAACGGCAACACUACUAGAGAACUGUGUCAGCGAUGGAGUCAGUUAGGAGCGUUUUAUCCUUUCUCACGUAAUCAUAACACCGACGAUGCAAUUGAUCAAGAUCCAGCAGCCAUCGGUAUCGUCGAAUCAACCAAGAAAGCGCUGACAUUUCGUUACCAUUUGUUACCUUAUUUAUACACGUUGUUUUGGAAUGCGCACAAGUUCGGAGAAAGUGUCAUUAGACCGAUGUUUUUCGAAUUUCCGCUAGAUACGCUCACGUAUGCGGACAACACUAAAUUUUUUUGGGGCCCGGCUUUCCUCAUUAUUCCCGUUCUAGAAGAGGGUCAAACUUCUGUUACUACAUAUUUCCCGAAAGGGGUGUGGUUUGACGCGUAUACGUUGGAUUGGUACCGAAGUAAUGGAGACUACAUCACGUUGAACGCCAGCCUCGAUUUUAUUCCUUUAUAUUUCAGAGCUGGUUAUAUUAUUCCGUAUCAGGAACCAGCUCAAACAACCACGGCUAGUCGAUUGAACCCGUUUGGACUUUAUGUAGCCAUCGGUGAGAAUGGAAACUCGUACGGAUCGUUGUACUGGGACGAUGGAGAAAGUUACAGCAAUUAUGACGAAAACGAAUACAAUCUACUCCAGUUCGAGUUCACCGACUCGACAUUAUCCGGUAUUCCAAUCAAUUGGGGUUAUGAAACUACGAUGACUUUGAACACUAUCAAAAUUAUGGGAUUGAGCGAUAAAAUAAAACAAAUUUACAUUAACAACCAAACGCAUUCGGAAUACCAAUAUUAUCCAGCUGAUAAAAAACUUAUCAUCGAAUCGGUGGAGAUAAAUCUCUCGGAGCCGUUUUUUGUGAAAUGGCAAUGAAACCUCCAAAAUACGUAUACCAGUGAUGUUUUGGAACGGUGACACUUUUACGCAUACUAUCUAGUCAUAUGUUCGGAUGUUCCUGUUUUGAAAUCUUCACUUGUGACUACAUUAUAUCUACUGUAUCUCAGUAUACGUUUUUUAAAAUGAUUUUUAUACCUAUUUACGAUAUACUAUACAAAUUCUUUGCUGAACGAGGACCUAUGUAUGUAAUAGGCAAUUUCCCGAUUAUGUUAUAUUUCACCAAUCAGUAAGGGAAUUUCUUUACGUAAGACUGUUUGCACGAUAUAUUCGUUUAAGUAAUUAUUCGAGUUGUCCUAGAUAAAAAAAUAUGAAUUUUGUAUGUAGCCAUUUUUGUGCCUUACGUGAAUGUUUGUCUGAUUUCCCAGAAGACGACUAUGGCGUCCUUAUUGUAUUUUUAUAUUAUUGGUGAUGAGAGAACGUUCUGUGAUAUUAAAGACACCAUGUGAUUUUA